GUCUUUGGGCACAAUAUUAUCUAAUGCGCUUGUAUUUAUGACUUGCAUUUAUUCUUCCUGUGCAUUGAAAAGGCUCUCUAAGUAAGGAUGUUUGCUCUUAUAAUCCUUUCCCUCUGUAAAUUUUGUUCCUCUACAUUCCAAAAAUAAGCGUAACGAUUGAUUCCGAUUGAUUAUUUCAACGGAUACGAUGACCGUAUCGAUCAGCUAAAGGUUAGCUAUCAAAAUAUUAUCCUUAUUUCCAAUGAAUUUGGUAGUGUUGAACAGUAACUGAUUAAAAGUACUGCAUGUACGGGUAUUUAGAACAGUCCAAAGUUGUAAAAUACGCUCAUUUUGUUUUUACUUUCAGGUCAAACCUCCAAAACUGUUAGUCAUUCAGUUGGUCUGCAGUUAUCUCACUCUGUCUCUAUUGAACUGUUGAUCUUCAGAGAAUAGAGAUGGACAGUAUUUUCUUGAAAAUCAUUCACGUGUUGUGUAUUGUUCAUUUAGUAUCAGGAUACAAUCCUGUUGGUGAAAAGCUUGAUGCACUGCUAACAUCUACAGAAAAAGUGAUUUCCUACUAUGAACAACACAAUGAAGAGUUCAAUUUUGACGGAAUAUUCGGUUUAAUUCCAUUGAAAGGUGCACUUGAAAGCAUUGUCAAUAAUUUUCUGAACAAUUAUGAUAGAGAAAAACCAUCUUCCUGGAGAGAUUUAGGUCAAAAAUUUCAAACACAACUUCAAACAGUUGAAACAAUAAUUUCAAAAAGCAUUACUUUUUUGAAUGAUACGAAAGACCCGUAUUUCAUUGAAAUGGGUAAACUUUUAUCAUUGGAUUGGAUAUUUCCCAAUGAAAAUAUAUUGUAUAAAUCAAACUUAGUGAUUUCAAACACAAUUAAUACACAAAAAUCAAAGCAUAUUACAAGUGAUAAAUGUAUCAGCCAACUAUUAAAAUCAAGACGUCCAGAAAGUAUAAAUUGUAUUCUUCCAAUGGAUUGCGUCACCAAGCUAUUGAACUUUAAAUCUCAUGGAUACGAAUUAGCUCAUCAAAUUCUGUACAUCCUGAUUACAUUUCAAGUUAAUUGUACUGAUUCUUUGGCUAAUAUGUUAUCUGCUCUUUCUGUUAAUUUCGAGGAGUUGAAAAAUCAACUGUGUUUAGUCUUAUAUCAAGAUCUUGUAAAUUCAUUCUCUUAUGUGAGAACAAAACCUUCCUACCAGGAUAUAGUACUUGAACAAAUUUUUGUCUGUGGCAGUCUUGGUUAUGGAAGAUUUAUUCAACUUUCUGUACUCAAUGAGAUUUUGUCAUGGCAACAACCAUCUGGAUGUUUUAGUGCCUCAACAUAUAGCUCCAAUGAGAAUACAGUAAACACUACUAAAAUUAUCUUUUCUAUGCGCCAACCUCUUGCUGAACGUAGACAUAAAGAUGGUUGCCUAUCACAUAUGACUUCUGUGGCUACAGCUGUAUUAAGCUUGUAUUUGAGAGAAUUUUUUAUUCCUAAAUACACACUCUCUGCAGAUGGAUAUUUGAUGGAUUUAUUUGCUAUCACACAGAAAGUUCUUUUGACAAAACAAUUUGAUUCCCUUCCACCAUUACUAGAAGAUGAUAGUAGCAAUAAUAUUAAUUAUCUGAAGCAUAGAUCACUUGAUAGAAACAUCCGAAAAGUUCCACUCUCAGAUCGUUUAUUAUUUGUUAAAGGAUCAUGGAUAUCACGGAAUCUCGCAGGUUCAUUUAAUUCAAACAAUGAAAUGACUAUAUCGUAUACAAUUUGUCCCCUUGCUUUUAGAACAGUUUUUUAUUUUAUUUGUUUCAUAGUUUGUUUAUAUGCAUUACUACGCUUUUGUGUAUUUCGUGGACGAUUAUUCAAUAUGCUUAAAUUUACCAUUAGAACAUAAAUUGUUGCACCCACCCACGCACACACACACACACACACAAGCACAUCAAUACUCACUAUUUUUAUCUUCAAGUUGAUAUGAUGUUUAUAUUUGUUAAUAUAUUUUUCUUUCUUUUUGUUCUUUCCCUCAUCUUUUCUAAUGUUGAUUUUGUAAUAUAAGUAAAGACAUGCACUAUGUGAUAUUAAGAAAGAGGUUUUACAGUUUUACUUACUUACAAAAU